CACUUUUUUUUUUUUUUUUUUUUCCUCCCACAGCGCGUCCAUGUUAUUAUUGUUAUUUUGCUGGUCCUGCGAUGAGACGGGCAGCUGCUGGGGAGCCGCCGGCCUGCUGCGACGCGAGCGACCGCCCCGGACUUCCACCGCCCUCGCCGACGGCACCAGGCAGCCUCUCGCCCGGCUGGCCAAGCAGCGCGACGACGACGACGAAGAAGAAGAAGCGGAGGAGGGCGUGAGGAGCCAGCCAGCCAGCCAGCCAGCGCCUCCGGUUCCACUCGGCUCGGCUCCCCCGGAGCGCCGCCGUCCACCGGUAGCGGCACCGACGCGACGCGAAAAUAAAACGGCGACAGAGACCGCAGCGCCGGGCGGCUCGGCUGGCGUCGACGCGGCUCGCGAGCAGGGACGCCGCCGCCGCCGCUGCCGCCGCCGCCGCCGCAGACAUGAACGGCAUCGCCAGGGGCCGCUUCGAGGUGUUCUCCAGCAGCGAUGAAGCUCCCAUCAACAAGAAGCUCCCUAAAGAGCUCCUGCUUAGAAUAUUCUCCUAUCUGGACGUGGUUACUCUCUGCCGGUGCGCCCAAGUCUCCAAGACUUGUCUGCGGCCCGGGCAGGCCUGGAACGUUCUGGCCCUCGACGGCAGCAACUGGCAGAAGAUCGACCUGUUCAACUUCCAGACGGACAUCGAGGGCCGCGUGGUGGAGAACAUCUCCAAGCGCUGCGGAGGCUUCCUGAGGCAGCUCAGCCUGCGAGGGUGCCUGAGCGUGGGCGACGCGUCCAUGAAAACCUUUGCACAGAACUGUCGCAACAUCGAAGUGUUGAACCUGAACGGCUGCACCAAGAUCACAGACAGCACCUGCCUCAGCCUCAGCAAGUUCUGCUCCAAGCUCAAGCAUCUGGACCUCACCUCCUGCGUGUCCGUCACCAACCAUUCCCUCAAGGCUCUCAGCGAUGGCUGCCGCGCGCUGGAGACGCUGAACCUGUCCUGGUGCGACCAAAUCACGCGCGACGGCGUGGACGCGCUGUCCCGGGGCUGCCCCGGCCUGCGAGCGUUGUUCCUCAGAGGCUGCACGCAGCUGGACGACGGCGCCUUGAAGCACCUGCAGAAGCACUGCCAAGAGCUCACCACCAUCAACAUGCAGUCGUGCACGCAAAUCACAGACGACGGCCUGGUGAGUCUUUGCCGAGGAUGCCACGAGCUGCAGAUCCUCUGCGUGUCGGGUUGCGGCAACAUCACGGACGCCUCCCUCACCGCGCUGGGCCUCAACUGUCCUCGACUCAAGAUCCUGGAAGCUGCUCGAUGUUCACACGUGACGGACGCCGGCUUCACCGUGUUGGCCAGGAACUGCCACGAGCUUGAAAAAAUGGACUUAGAAGAAUGUAUUUUGUUGACCGACAACACUUUGGUUCAGCUGUCCAUCCACUGCCCCCGUCUGCAAGCUUUGUCCCUGUCGCACUGCGAGCUGAUCACGGACGACGGCAUCCGGGCGCUGAGCGCCAGCGCUUGCGGGCAGGAGCGGCUGAGCGUGGUGGAGCUGGACAACUGCCCGCUCAUCACCGACGUGACCCUGGAGCACCUGAAGAGCUGCCACCGCCUGGAGCGCAUCGAACUCUACGACUGCCAGCAGGUCACCCGGGCCGGCAUCAAGCGCAUACGGGCCCACCUUCCCGAGAUCAAGGUCCACGCGUACUUCGCCCCCGUCACGCCCCCUCCCUCGGUGCACGGCGGCGGCCAGCGCCUGUGUCGCUGCUGCAUCAUCCUCUGACAGUGGAGGGCCAGGGGGGGGCAUCUCUGCCUGCGGGUGCUGCUGCUGCUCUGAAAAACCGCGGAGGAGGACGAAGACCGGGACCUGGUUGGAGGGGUUUUUUUGGGGGGGGGGGGGGGGGGGCGUAAUCGAGGGAGAGGAGGGGCUGGACCCGCUCCACUGCUUCCUGGUCCUACUGGGACCGCUACAGAGGCCCCUCCUCUUCCUCAUCAGGGCCCGCUCAAGCUUUUGUCGUCCUCCCUUUCGCCCGCCGGCCGCGCAUCCAAAAUGGACGAUCACCCGACGCCAAGUCGAAAACACGACCGCCAUUUUGAUGUUUUGUUCGGACACGGACAGAGAGAGGGGAAAAAAAAAAAGGACAUUCAAAGCAACUUUUUUUUUUUUUUGUUUGCUUAAUUGUUAAUGGUUCUCCUCGCCCCACACGCCUGAGUAUUGAUUCAGAGCUGCAGUCUUUUCCAAAAAAAAAAAAAAAAGUAUUAAAAGCAUUUGUUUACAUUCUGGAUUAGUUUAGCGCCACGCCGACUCAUUUGCUGCCCGCCUUCCAUUCGCGAUAGAAAGUUUACAAACCACACCCCGUUUUUGACAAUCACACAUUUGGGGGAUUAUAUAUAUAUAUAUAUAUAUAUAUAUAUAUAUAUAUAUAUAUAUAUAUAUAUAAACUAAGCCUCCCACCCCCUCAAUGUAAAGGCUCAAGGAUUUUAGGGAGGGGAAAGACUUCCAGCAGGAUUGUGGGUGGCAGAAACAAACAAAAAUAUUUAACAAACAAAAAAAUAUGGAGUGGCUAAACUGACUGAUGCUCAUGCCCUCUCUCUUUCGCUUUCUCUCCUUUGAAGAGCUCUUUAACAGUUUUUUUUUUUGUUUUUGUUUGA